UUGGCUGAGAAGUCAAUUUUCACUGCCAAAACAGCCAAGCCGCGAGAUCAUAUUGAAAUUCCACUAAACUGCGAUGUACUCAACCUCACACGAACAUGCCCCAGAGACUACCCCACGACGUUUUCACAAGAUCCUGAUCGUCCAUCACCUCCAACGUGUCCACAGUACUUCCGGUGGAUCCAUGAAGAUUUACGGCCAUGGGCCCGGACGGGUAUCAGCAGAGACAUGGUGGAAAGAGCUAAAACAACAGCAAAUUUCAGAUUGGCAAUAGUGAACGGCAGAGCUUAUCUCGAAACUUAUGAGAAGGCGUUUCAGACUAGAGAUGUUUUUACACUGUGGGGAAUCCUACAGUUGUUACGUAGAUAUCCGGGAAGACUGCCUGACAUGGAGAUGAUGUUUGAUUGCGUAGACUGGCCGGUUAUCAAGUCCGUCGAUUUUACUGGGCCUAAUGCGACGGCCCCACCGCCUCUGUUUCGCUAUUGCGGGAACGAUGAUACGCUGGACCUCGUUUUCCCUGACUGGUCCUUCUGGGGCUGGGCUGAGACGAAUUUAAAACCAUGGGAGCAUAUACUAGUCGACCUGAAAGAAGGCAACGGAAGGAGUAGAUGGCUGGACAGAGAACCUUAUGCUUAUUGGAAAGGCAAUCCAGAUGUUGCUGAGAGCAGGCAAGACCUUAUCAAAUGUAAUGUCUCUGAACAACAGGAGUGGAAUGCUCGUUUAUAUAGACAGGAUUGGGUCCGAGAAUCCCAGCAAGGAUUCAAGCAAUCAGACUUGGCAAAUCAAUGCCUUCACAGGUACAAAAUCUAUAUCGAAGGGUCUGCAUGGUCAGUCAGUGAAAAGUAUAUUCUUGCCUGUGAUUCAGUCACUCUUAUUGUGAAGCCCCGUUACUAUGAUUUCUUUUCAAGAGGUCUGAUGCCAUUUCAGCACUAUUGGCCUCUAAGUGAGGACGAGAAAUGCAGGUCUAUUAAGUUCGCAGUUGACUGGGGUAACAGCCAUAGACAAAAGGCCCAGAAAAUUGGAAAUGCAGCAAGUAAAUUCAUUCAAGAGGAGUUGAAGAUUGAUGAUGUGUAUGAUUACAUGUUUCAUCUCUUAAGCGAGUAUGCAAAGCUUUUGACAUUUAAGCCUACUAUACCUAGAAAUGCAACUGAACUAUGUUCGGAAAUAAUGGCUUGCCCAGCGGAAGGAACAGAGAAAAAGUUUAUGAUGGAAUCUUUGGUGAAGGUUCCUGAAGAUGCAGGUCCAUGCACCUUGCCUUCUCCAUAUGACCCUUCAUCUCUUCUUGCUGUUAUAAGGAAAAAAGCAACUGCUAUAAAGGUGGUGCGGUUAUGGGAGAAGAAAUUCUGGCAGCAUCAAACCAAGUAGUCUUAGAGAGGUGUGUUCACAGACAAACCUAGUAACUGGGCUUGGCUUAUUACAAAGGACAUGUAUAGACUCAAAUUUCUCAGUUUUGCCCUCCUUUGUAUUAUUCCCUUUUAGAUAAUGUUAACAGGAAAAUUUUCAGUGGA